AUGCUUCAUGAGAUCCCGUUGCACGAUGCUUCUGCUUCUGCUGCAGAACGGCAGGAAGGUGCGCAGGGUGGGCGUGUCGUGGUGACAUUUUUUACCACAAGUUUCCCAAAGGCCAUGCCGGAGCAGUCCUACUCCGUGCCGCUGGACACGCUCCCUGAUGGCCUGAGCACACUUGUGCAGAGUGUCCUCGCGGAGGAGAGCCAAAAAUUUGAUUUUCUUCUCAACGAUGAGUAUAUUUCGACCUCGUUGCAGAAAUUCCUUGUCCGCCGAGGUAUUAGCUACGAGGAGUUGCUCAAUAUUGAGUAUACACCGGCCAUGCAGGCGAAGGAGGGAUCACUUCUCCCCCACGAUGACUGGGUGAGCAGCGUUCGAGCUCCGUUUUUGGGAUGCGCGGAUUUGCUUCUUACUGGGUCGUAUGAUCAUUGUGUGCGCCUUUGGGACGGAGAGAACUGCGUUGCUCUCGGCACAUACCACACCGAAUGCGUAAAGGAAGUCUGCCUGCAUCCGGUGCGGCCCAUGACUUCUUCGGCAGCCGCAAAGGAGUUAUCGCGAAAACGUAAGCGUGCAGCGAAGAUGGAGGAUUUUAUGUGUGUGAGUUGCAGCAAGGAUGGCAGUAUUGUGGCGUGGCGCUUUGACUCCGGUGUGUCCAAAUUUGAGCCAUUGGGAGCGUUGAAUCCACAUAUGGAUGGCGUGGACUCCGUUGACAUUUCGCCCGGGAAUGGGGAAUACGUGGCGAGCGCCUCGUGGGACUGCACCGUGAAGGUGUUUGAAUGGUCGCAGUUGUUGAGCACAGAAACGCCGCCCACUUCAAAAGCGCCGCUUAUCUCAUUUACCGACCAUACACGACCCGUUCUUGCCUGCCGCUUUUCUGCGACAAAUGGGCCCUCUCUGUUGUAUUCCGCCGGUCUGGAUGGGGCUGUAAAGGCUCUCAGCGUUGACCAGGCCGUCCUACUCUCAAACUACGAGGGCGACCACCCCAUCCAAGGAAUUGCCGUGAAGCCUGCAGGAGGAGGAGGCGAUCUUAUCAUCGCCGCCUGCACUGACAAUCGCGCACGACUCUAUGAUACUCGUCAGAAGAAUACCGUGAAGGCCUUCAGUGGCCAUCGGCAAUGGUUGUAUGCGGCGACGUGGAUGUGGCGACGGGAGGAGGGCGAGCAGGGAGGGCCGCACCUCUUUGCCACCGCCAGUCAGGACAGCACCGUUCGUGUGUGGGAUCUCCGCUCCUCCAGUGCCGCGCUUCUUACGCUGGACACCAUGCACACGGACGGAGUGCUGGAUGUUACGUACGUUGGAAAUGCACAAAUUGCGUCGGGUGGAAAAGACAACAAAACAAAAAUUUUUUCAUUGUCGCACGGCGACAGUCCCAUGAGUUGA